GAUGGAUCAACCAAGGGUAUUACCAGUGAACCUAUCGCAAUGGCGGCGACGCUUUCUUAUCUCCUGUCUCACCUUUUAUGGAUUUUCCUUCGACGAAAUAAGGGUUUCCUAGUGUAACCCGCCAGCUGGUUCUACAGCUACUCUGGCCUGAAAUGCUGAGGUUUUUAGACCGACCUCAUCAAACCAGAGCAAUUAGACUUCCUGUUGCUGAUAUAGCCGACGUAUGUCUUUACUAUCGCGCACCCUUGUGUGUCUCGAUUUCGUGCGAUUUCCCCUUAGCCGGCACCUUUAUCAUAACCCUAGCAAUUAGGGUGUUUUAUUUGAAAAUCGGCGGUCAAGCGGUUUGUUUCUAUAGAACUAGUUUCUUCUUCCGUUGCUUGGGGUUUCUUAUUAUCUGUUAACUCCAGGUAGUCCUCCGAGCGAUGGAGGUCACCAGCAAAGCCGCGAGGGAGGGGUCCCGCGCUGGCGGGGGAGGCGAAGCCUCCAGCGCGGGCGGGGAGAAGAAGGUGAAGGUGAUGCAGCGCGGGCACGGCAUUGCGCACCUGGAGAAGCUCCGCCUGCAGGAGUUGCGGAACGCGGAGCUAGAGCGGUCGCAGCAGCAGCAACAGCAGCAGCACCAGCAGCACCAGCAGCAGUUAAGACAGCUACAGCAGCAUCAGCAGCAGGAUCCCUCGAGCCUCUUAACCUCUUCCGCUACUGCUAUUCAAGCGCUAGGGCUCGGCGGACUUUUCUCCUUUUCGCCCUCCGUCGCUUCCUCCUCCCUUGCGUCUCUCUCCGCCCCUCUCGGCCCGCAUUCCGACAGCCUCGCGACAGCGGCCGCGGCGGCGGCGGCGGCGGCAGCUGCGUCCGAUCCGCUGUUGAGCAUCGCCGCGCGAAGGCAGUUGUCGCUGCUCGCGGCGUCGCGGUCGUUGUCAAGCGACUUCGUGGAUCGAAUGCGCGUGGGCGGAGACCGAUCUGUGGGCGGAGGAGGGAGCGGGGCUGGCGGAAGCUUAGGCGGAAGCAUUGGCGGAAGCUUGGGCGGGCUGGGUGCGGCGCUUGGGGGACUGAGCGGAACGACGGGGAGCAGUGCCGAGGGAAACGAGCGGGUUCCGCUAGACGUGGUUAUGGCAGCGUCGGCAGGCGCAGCUUUGGGUAGAGACGGAUUCCACAUGCUCGGCGGAGGCUUGGGCGGAGGCUUGGGCGGAGGUUUGGGCGGAGGCUUGGGAGGAAGCUUCGAGUUUGCCAUCCGGCGGCUUCAGAUCCUGAACGACCUGCGGCAAGUGGAAUCGGCAGGCGGGGGUUCAAACCUCGACGUGGGGGCGUUUGGCGGAGCAGGGGGGCCGGGGGGCGGCAGUGUGGCCAUUGGGGCUGGGUACAACUCGUGGGAGGUCGACAGCAGCUCGCGCACCCCAGGCUCCCGCGGAACUGGGCUCGGCGCAGCAGCAGCAGCAGCAGCAGCUGCAGCGGCGGCGGCGGCAGCAACAGCAGCAGCGGCAUCGGCAGCAGGCGGGACGUCAGGAAUAGCAGCAGGGGCAAUGCCAGGGGGAGGACUUGCUGGUUCAACCCCCCCGGCUGCUGCGUCUGCUGCUUCCCACGGGCUAUCAAAUCUCGCCUCAGGCGCGAGCGCUGGCGGGGGGAGCGCGGGUACGGGCGCUGGGCCUGCGGGUAUGAGUGGUGGGGGAGGCGGUAGCCCCCUUGGCGCGGGGGGGAGCUCGCUCUCCGCCCAUCUACCCAGCGCCACGCCUCUUUCCGCCACUGGCGUGGGGUUGGGGCCGGAGGAGGAGGAGAAGGAAACGAGGGAAAGGCCUUUCCCCUUGCACACACAUCCGUUCACGCACAGCUCCCGAACCGUGUCCGAGCCUGUGAGUGGAGCUUCGGCAUCGCUCAUCGCGUCCCUAUCCUCCCGAAUCCUCGCCGAAGCUCACUUGCGCGAGGCAGCAGCAGCAGCAGGUGGUGCUGGUGGCGCUGGUGGUGCAGGGUCUGCAGCAGCAGCCGCAGCCGCAGCAGCAGCGGCGCAUUUUAGUAACCUAAACGCAGCAGCAGCAGCAGCAGCAGCACACCUAGGAGAUCUAGGAGACCUAGGAUCAACAGCAGCAGCAACAGCAACAGCUGCAGCGGCAGCGGUAGCAGCAGCAGCAGCAGCAACGGCAACCACCGCCCAGCUCUCCUCCUUCCAUGGCCAGGCGUUUUCCCCAUCCUCUCUAGCCGACUCUCUCCUCUGGAAUCGUCUCAAUACGGAAUCUCAUCUACAGGACUUAGCCCAAAGGGACUUAGCCCAACGCGAAUUAGCCCAGCGGGACCUAGCCCUGCGGGAAUUGAAGGCAGAGUCCCACCUCCGGGACUUGAGAGCAGCGGACCUAGCCCUGCGCCUGCAGCUUGAGGGGCGGUUAGGCCCGCUGGAAGCAGCUCGGCAGCUGGAAGCCGCCAGGCAAGCUGCUGCGGGGCUCCUGGGCGGAACAGGAGCAGGGGCGGGAGGGGGAGGCGGGGGAGGCGGAGAAGGUGGGGGAGGUGAGAUGCAAGGGAGGCGUGAGUCCGUUACUGCUGCAGCAGCAGUGGCAGUGACAGGAAGGGAAGUGGGACAGGUGGAGGAGUGGAAAGCAGGCCACGAUUGGGAUGUGGUUCGGGAACCGAGGCUGGCGAAAGGGCGGGAAGUGGGGCCGGCGGAGGUUCGGGAAGUGAGACCGGCGGAGGUUUGGGAUGUGGGUCAGGUGGAGGGACGGAAAGUGGGGAACGAUUGGGGAUUGGCUCGGGAAGUGAGACCAGCGGAGGUUCGGGAAGUGAGACCGACGGAGGUUCGGGAAGUGAGACUGGCGGAGGGUCGGGAGAAGAGGCGGAAAGACGAAGAAGAGGAGGAGGGGGGACGAGGGAUUGAGGCGAAGAGGGGGAGGAGGGAGGAGGUGGGAGGGGAUGUGACGGGUGGGCGGGACGAGGGAAUGAGAAUGGAGGGAAGGGGAGAGGGGCAGGCGCAGGUGCAGGAGGUUCUAGCUCUUGCAAACCGCUUUGAGGCGCCUCACACUGGGCAGGAGGUUCAGACUCCGGCGAAUCGCUUUGAGGCGCCUCAAACGUUGCAGGAGGUCCAGGUUCCGGCGAAUUUCUUUUUGAAUAGAUGGGCGAGUUUGGGCCGGAGUAACAGGGAGUCGGAAACGGCAGCUGGAGGAUCGCUUGUAGCAGCACUCACAGCAACAGGAAGAGGAGCACCCACAGCAACCACAACAACAGCCGGAGCAGCAGCAGCAGCAGCAGCACCAGAACCAAUAGUACCACCACCAGCAGCGGCAGCAGCAGCAGCAGCAGCAGUAGGAAGGGAAGGGGCUUUGCCAGUGCCAAAGGUUUUGGUGAAGCAGGAAAGAGAGGAGGGGCUGACUGCCUUUGAGUCGGGUCAAAGGAAAAGAGAGGAGGGGCAGGGUGCUGGAGGAGGGAAGCAGGUAGGGUUGGGAAUGGAACGAGGGUAUACCUCGGGUGGACCUAGUGGUGCUGAUGCUGCUGGUGGCUCUGCUGCUGCCCCUGCUGCGGCCCGUGCUGCCGCCUCUGCUACAGCUGCUGGUUUAGGUGGUGGGUCUGCUAGUGCCCCUGCCGCUGCUGCUGAUACUAUGGGGGUUGAGGCUAAGUGGUGGCGGCGGGUGUCACUUCAACUGGAGGACGCAGGGCUAAGCGGCAGGCGGGAGGACACAGGGCUAAGCGGCAGGCGGGAGGACACAGGGCUAAGCGGCAGGCGGGAGGACGCAGGGCCAAGUGGCAGUGGCGUGGGGAGUGUGGGAGGGGUGGGUUCCUCCGGUGGUGGUGGUGGGGGUGGUGGGGCUGGUAAUGAUGUGGUUAGUGGGAUCAGUGGUGCUGCUGCUGCCACAGAUGCGGCUACAGGUGCUGCUGCUACAGAUGCUGCUACAGGUGCUGCUACAGGUGUUGCUACAGGUGCUGCUACUGGUGGUGCGGCUACUGGUGGUGCCACAGGUGCUGCAGGUAAGGAGGAGGGAAGGACGGCUGGGAAGGGAAGAGCCGAGGAGAAGAGAAGGGUUGGGGAGGAGGAGAGGAGUGUGGGCGCGGAGAACAAACGGUUUGGGGAGGUGCUGAGGGGUGUGGGGGCGGAGAAGAAAUGGUGUGGGGAGGAGGAGAGGAGUGGGAAGAAGGAGAGGAGUGGGGAGGAGAAAAGGAGGGCGGGGAAGAAGAGGAGAGAGGAGGAAGAUGCAAUGGUUGAGGAGCAGAGGGCGGAGAGGGCAGAGACGGGAAUGGCGAGGCAGGGGAGAGUUGAGGAGGAGAGGGUAGUCCAGGAGAAGACAAGAGUACAGGAGAAGACAAGAGUACAGGAGAAGGCUACAGCUGAGGACGAGAGGGCAGGGGAGGAGAGGGUAGCUCAGGAGAAGGCAAGAGUAGAGGGGAAGGUUAUACCUAGAGAAGAGAGGGUGGUGGAGAGGGUAGUGGAGGAGAUUUUAGCAGAGAAGAGGGUAGGGGAGGAGAGGGGGGUGCAGCAGGAGAGGGUAGUGGAGGAGAGGGUAGUGGUGGAGAGGGUAGUGGAGGAGAGAUUAGCAGAGGAGAGGGUAGUGCAGGAGAGGGUAGUGGAGGAGAGGGCAGUGCAGGAGAGGGUAGUGCAGGCGUUGAGGCGCAACAUGGUGAAGUGCUUUGGGAAGGAAGUGGCUCAGCGGAUCUUUGCAGCGGUGCAAUCACAGGAGGAGGAGUGUGCGCAGCAGAUUGGCCAGCUGCAUCAAUUGCAUGAAAGGCAGCAGCAGCUUCUUUCGAGCCUACCAAAACGAUCAGCAGGAGCCUCCCCUUCGACAGGAGUCGUUCCAUCAACAGGAGCCUCUCCUUCCUCCGUGUCUCCUGCUGUAGCAACUUCUGCCACCCACCCUCCUCCUCCUCCUGCUGCUGCUCCUCCUGCUCCUCCUUUUUCUCCUCCUCCUCUUCCUCCUCCUCGCUCCUCCUCCCGCUCCCCUCUCCCGCGCUCCCCUCUAUCCUGCAACAGGCCCGCACCCACGUUUAACCCGCCUGAGAGCUGGGCUCGGGCCGUCUAUGCGUCCAACGGCGCCCCUGACCUCAAUGCAGAUCCUGAAGCUGAUCUCGCGGGCGCUGGCUCUUCAGACGCAGGAGCAGGCGCAGGCACUACGGGAGCAGGAACGGGCGCAGGAGCAGGAGCAGGAGCAGGAGCAGGAGCAACAGGAGCAGGAGCAACAGGAGCAACAGGAGCAACAGAAGCAACAGGAGGAGCAGGAGCAACAGGAGCAACAGGAGCAACUGGAGCAGGAGCAACAGGAGCAACAGGAGCAACAGGAGCAAUAGGAGCAACAGGAGCAACAGGAGCAGCAGGAGCAAGAGAAAAAGGCGCAGGAGAGACAGGAGAAGCAAGAGCAGGAGCAGCAGGAAGCACUUUGGGUGAUGGGGAUGAUGGGAAGAAGCACUUACAGCAUGACCCUGGCAGCCUUCACCUUUUUAGAAAGAGGGGCCAUCCUGAUUCCAAUAGAGAGGAGAGAGCGGAUGAAGCAGAGAGAGAGGGGGCAAACGAGAGAGGAGAAAGAGGAGAUCGGGAGCACGGUAGGUCGAGCAAGAGGGGUAGGGGAGGCUUGGAUUUCGACCUGGAGUCCGAACCUGCUGCUGAGGCUCGGACAAAUGGGAGUAGGUCAGGUUUUGAUCUGGAGUCCGUUCCAACGGCUGAGAUUGAUGAGGGAGGAGGCGGAGGAUCUGGACGGCAAGGGCUUGACUUGGAGCAGGAUCCAACGGCUGAGAUGGCAUCAGAGGAAGAUCUACGGCCGGGAAGGGUAGCAGGAGUCUGUAACGAUUACCUUGAGCUGAACUUCGGCUUCAAGGGGGCAGAAGAGAAAGCUAGAGAGAGGAUUGGCAGCAAACUGGGGACUGAAGAGAGUGCCAGGAAAGGCACAGAGGAGACUGACACGAAGACUGACACGAAGACUGACACAAGGGCUGACACAAAGACUGACACAAAGACUGACACAGAGCCUGGCACAACGCUGCACACAGAGCCUCGCGUAGAGCCUCGUGUAGAACGCCACCCAACAACACUUGAGAUGUGUCACAGGGAUCACGCUGAGAUUGGUACAGAGGCGCGCACAGCGAUGGGCCCUAAGCCUAUGGAAGCAAGCAGAAAGGAGUUUGGUGCAGGGCUAUGUCUGUCUCAGCCUAGCAGGGAACGCAAACGAGGAACUAGUGUAGACGCCAGUAACGCCUGUGACGCUGGUAACACCGGUAACGCCAGUAACACUGGUAGCGCCAGUGUAGUGAGUGUUGAGGCGGCUCAAGAGUUGAAUACAGAGAGAGCUGAGACUGCAACGUUGAAGAGGAUGGGUCUGGAGGGGCCUCAGGUGUGGAGCAGAAAGAAAGGUGCAAAGAGAGCUGCGACUGCAACGUUGAAGAGGAUGGGUCUGGAGGGGCCUCAGGUGUGGAGCAGAAAGAAAGGUGCAAGUGAAACGCUGGGGAUGAUGGGUCUUGCGGCGCCUCAAGAGUUGAAUACAGAGAGUGCUGCGACUGGGACGUUAGGGAGGAUGGGUCUGGAGGCGGCUCAAGAGUUGAUGAGGCAGAAAGGUGAAAUUGAUACGUUGGGGAUGAGUCUUUCGGCACCUUGUGAGUUGAAUACAGAGAGAGUUGGGAGUGGAACGUUGAGGAUGCUUUUAUGGGGGACGGAUGAGGCGGGGAGCGGGGAGAGGCGGUGGAGGGAUCAGGGGGAGGAGGGUGAGGAGAGGGGGGGAGGAGAGAACGAGGGAGGAAUGGACGAAGGGGGGAGAGAAGAAAGGGGGAGAGAAGAAAGGGGGAAGCAGGAAGGUAGAGGGGAGGAGGAGGGGGAUGAGAAAAGUGGGGUGGGGCAAGAGGAAGGGGAGAGAAGGGAUGGAGUAGAGUUGAAGGAGAAGGAUGGAGAAGGGGCGGGAAGGGAGGGGGCGGGAGAGGAAGGGGUUAACGUGGAAGGGGGUAGCCCGGAAGGGGAGAAAGAGGAAAGUAAGAGCGGGGAAGGGGAGGAGGAGAAAGGGGAGAAGGAGAGAGGGGAGAAGGAGAAAAGGGCGAAGGAGAAAAGGGAGAAGGAGAAAGGGGAGGAGGAGAAAGGGGAAGUGAAGAAAGAGGGAGGAGGAAUGGUCGAAGGGGAGGAGGAACGGAAACGAGAAGGCACGAGUAACGAAGGGUUGCCAGGAGAAAGGGAGAAGAAGGAGAGGGAGACUGAGAGAAUAAAGGACGAGGGAAUGAAGAAGGUCACGAAGGAUGCAGUCACAGCAGGGGAGGAAGGUGAGAAAGAGGAGCAAGCGAGAGGGGUUAGGGAGACGGAGGAAAGAAAUAGAGGCGGAGAAAAGGAUGCAGUCACAGCAGGGGAGGAAGGUGAGAAAGAGGAACAGGGGAGAGGGGACGAGAGGGAUGCAGUUACAGUGGAAGAGGAAGGAGAGAAGGUGGCAGAGGGGAGAGGGGACGAGAGGGAUGCGGUUACAGUGCAAGAGGAAGGAGAGAAGGUGGCAGAUGGUGAGGGGAAGAAACCUCAUGAGUUUAGAGGAGUGAGGGAGAGGAAGGGAGGGGAAGAAGGAGUACAGGAGAUGAGGGAAGGGAAGGAUGCAGUCACAGCAGGGGAGGAAGGGGAGAAAGGGGGAGAUGGUCAAGAAAAGAAACUUGAUGAAUUCUUGGGAGAAGGGGAAGAGGGGAAGGAAGGGGAGAAAGCGGAGCCGGAGAGAGGGGGAAAGGAGGAGGAAAGUGAGGGAGUGGAACAGGAGGAAGAGAACAAGGAGCAGGAGGUAAGGCAGGAAGAGCAGGAGGAAGGGAAGGACGAAGAAGGGGUUAAAGUUGAAAGGGGAAACAAGGAAGCGGAUAAAGAGGAGAUGGGGAAAGGGGAGAGAGGCGAAGGGCGAAGAGGGGACGGGAAGAGCCAGGAAAGCGAGCGAGACUAUGUGGGAGGCACGGAAGAGGAAAGGGAGAAGGAGGAAGGGGAGAAGGAGGAAGGGGAGAGGGAGGAAGGGGAGAAGGAGGAAGGGGAGAAGUUGGCAGAGGGUAAAGCAGAGGCUGGAGGUGAUGAGAACAGGGUGAGAAGGGAGGAGGGAGAAGCGGUGGUAGAGAAUGCAAGAGAGGAGGUAGGGAAGCGGCCACGGAAAUCGGAGGAAUUAUACGGGAGGGAUGCGACGAAGGGCAGGUCUGAGGAGAAGCCAGGGAAGGAUGUGCUCCUAAAGGAGCAGGAAGUGAUAGUAAAGGAAGAGGGGAAGGAGAAGCAUGUAGGGUCUGACGGGAGAGAGGGGGGGGGAAGAAGUGGGAUUGACAUCCGGCUUGGGAAUGAGCUGGGGAAGGAGAUAGAGAAGGCAGCGCUGGAGAAUGUGAGCAAGGCAGAGCUCGGUGUGACUGACGGGAUAGAGACAGAAGGGGUGGAGAAGGGGCGGAUUAUUGGAGAAGAGAAAGAGGGUGAAGAGACGCCAAGAAAAGAAGCGGAAGAGAACGUGGCGGAAGAGAGGGCGAGGUUUGCUCCCACGCUUAAUCCGGAGAAAGUGGGAGGGAGAGAGCUCAGCGGAGGAGGGAGGAAUGUCGAGUCGACGUCCGUGCCUGGUAGUGCAGGGAGUGGAGGGAAGGGUUUGGAGGGGCGCUCGCAGGGAGCUGAAGGAACGGAGGGUUUGAGCGAGUGUGCUGGUCUAUAUGAGGUUGAAGUGGCAGGGAAGGGUGAUAGACAUGCUCAUGCUGCUGCUCCUGCCGCUGCUCCUGGUGAUUGUGCUGCUGUUGGUGGUGAUGGUGGUGGUGGUGCCAUUCCUGGUGCUGCUGGUUCUGCUGCUGGUGGCACUGAUGGUGGUGGUGCUGCUGCUGUUGCUGCUGUGGCUACUGAUAGAGUAGCUAAUGUGGGUGGGGACGGGCAUGGUGGUUCUCCAGAGGACAAUAGACAGCGAGAGGGCGGUGGCACAAUGCAGUGUGACUCUAUCAAGGGUGACUCAAGAGAGUGUGGUCCCAGCGGUGCUUCUGAUGGGGCACAAGCUGCACUAGACUUGGGGAAACUUGAGGCUGGGGAAAGAAAGAGAGGGAAGUUGGAUUUGGGGGAAGCGAGAGAGGGUGGUAAGGCAGUGAAGCGGAGGGAAGAUGAGGAGGGGGAAGUUGAUAAAGGGGAAGGAAGAUGAGACGGGGAAGGAGGAAGAGAAGAGCCGCAGCAGGCAGCAGGUCUAGGGAGGAAGCAGGCACUUCGGCCGCAGCAGCGGCAGCAGCAGCAGCGGUCGCAGCAGUACAACAAGAGAAAGGGGGAGCGGCCAAAGUGGAGGAGGGAGGUGAGAAGAAGGGACGAGUAGAGGAUGAAGCUAUGCUUGCCAUGAGCUUGUAGCCUCCAUCCAUGUGGGUAUUCGGUUGGUGCAGUAAUGGAUGGUAGUACUAGCCUAGCUUGGGUAAGAAAGGGCAACGAGGAACAACAGAUAAUUGCAGUGCAUCUGCAAGGGGACGAGUGCAGGAGAUGUGAAAAAGUGGGAAUGGGGACGAGUGAGCAAGAGAAAGGAGGUCAUGGGGUAGGGGCUCAUUAAAAAGGAAUGGGAGCUUGAUGAAUGUGUGGCAUGUUCGAUGCCAGUUGGAACUUGGAAGGCGAGUGAGUAGUGGUAACCCAGGAGGCACCCAAGCACAACAGAGUACAUGAAGCAUGUGGAGGCGAGCACGGUAGUGGAAAUAUGUUAAGGGUAUGUGAUAGAGUUCUGUUUUGAGGCGCCUCAAAACUAGAUGUUAAGGGUGUGAUAGAGUUCUGCUGCUUUGAUUCCGCCAUGUGAAUAUGCAAGACUGCUAGGGAAGUAGGUAGUGAGGGUGAUUCUUCAAAAGAUCUUCAUGAGACCAUUAGGCAGAACUGGUUGUUUUGCUGAACCGCUUUGUGUAACUACAUCUGUA